GAUCACUGUGGUCCAGACUUUGAAACAAAAGCAGCUGUGGAGCUCUAGGGGGGAUGCUCUAUACAGAGUUCGUUAAUAAGGCACUUCACUGGACAUGAGUGGGAUGGCAUCAGAUCCCAACAAUUCUUCCCAGGAAGAAUACAUCCCACACUAUCUCCAAAAGGAAGACCCCUUUGCAUCAAAGCUCUCUAGAGAAGCUGACAUCAUAGCUGGCUUUUAUUUGACAAUAAUUGGGAUCCUUUCAACUCUGGGAAAUGGGUAUGUUAUUUUUAUGUCCUCAAAGCGAAAAAAGAAGCUGAGACCUGCUGAGAUAAUGACUGUUAAUUUAGCAGUGUGUGAUCUGGGCAUUUCAGUUGUAGGCAAACCCUUCAGCAUCAUCUCCUUCUUUUCCCACCGCUGGAUGUUUGGGUGGAUGGGCUGCCGCUGGUAUGGGUGGGCUGGAUUCUUCUUUGGCUGUGGGAGCCUCAUCACCAUGACAGCUGUCAGCCUGGACAGGUACCUGAAAAUCUGCCACUUGUCCUAUGGUACCUGGCUUAAGAGACACCAUGCAUUUAUCUGCCUGGCAAUAAUCUGGGCCUAUGCUACGUUCUGGGCUACAGUGCCUUUUGCUGGGGUGGGGAACUACGCCCCCGAGCCCUUUGGGACUUCCUGCACUCUGGACUGGUGGCUGGCACAGGCUUCAGUGACUGGACAGGUUUUUGUUCUGAGCAUCCUUUUCUUCUGCCUCCUGUUCCCAACUGCAGUGAUUGUGUUUUCCUACGUCAAAAUAAUUUUAAAAGUCAAAUCAUCCACCAAAGAAGUUGCUCACUACGAUACCAGGAUUCAGAACAGCCACAUACUUGAAAUGAAGCUGACUAAGGUGGCAAUGUUGAUCUGCGCAGGGUUCCUCAUUGCCUGGAUCCCUUACGCCGUGGUCUCUGUCUGGUCAGCCUUUGGACGGCCUGACUCGGUCCCCAUCCAGUUCUCAGUGAUCCCAACACUGCUGGCAAAGUCAGCGGCCAUGUACAACCCCAUCAUUUACCAGGUCAUUGAUUGCAAGUUUGCCUGCUGCCGACCGGGAGGGCUGAAGGCCAAGAGCUCUUUGAAGAAAUCAAGGACAUACACAAUAUCUGCACACAGGGACUCCACAGCCAUGAACGAAACCCAGCUGGAAGCUUGAGGGAUCAUCUCACCUACAGCAAAUGAAAACCUGGUGACAAACAACCCUACUGGCUCAAGUUCCUCUUUCUGUAAAUGAAUUAAAAUAUGGUGACAGGUUUAUUUUACUCCCUUUUCCUAUGUACAAUGUACAGUUCUUUCCAUCCUGACCAAAAUAGUGCAUUAGACUUGGGCAAAUAUUCUAAGUACUGAAAGGAAGAAGAAACAGAGAAAUUUUGUGUUUAUUAAAAAAUUUCCUUUACUUGAGAUGCUUUAAA